GAAAGUACAUGUAAAUCGCCUAAAGACGGCGCUUGAGCGAAUUUCGUGAUUUUUCCUCGCCGCGGUCAUCGUUUUCGUCGUUGUGUGGUUUAGUUUUUGCUGGUUGUGGCUCUAUCCCUUUUUUGUCUUCGGUGCGAUUAUUUUGACACACACGGAUCAUAUAAUUCACGUUCUCAUAGACACGCUAAAAACGCGCUGCGCUUCAUUCUUGAUUCGGUUUUUAUCAGUGAAGUAUGCCUUCUGCUUCAAACAAACUGGAGAAACAAGCCUCCAUAGGCUCUGUACAUGGUAGUGGUGGUGGUAAUAAUGUUGGCGGUGCCACAAAGAAGUCUCAAGAUGUGAUCAAUAGCAACUCCAAUGCAGUUGUUACCGAGAAUAAUACCAACAGCACAGCCUUGAAUAAUAAUAUUGCCAACAGUACUACUAAUGAGGGAUCUGUUACCUCUACGAGCACCAAUCCAAAGGGAGCGACUACGAAUCCUGUGUUGGAAGCUAACAAUCCAAUGAAACAAACGAUCACCACAAUUGACCAUAAAAUACGCAAUUUGGAGAAACGCAAGACUAAAUUGGAAUCAUAUCGCACCAUUCAAGCUUCUGGAAAGGAGUUGAGCUCCGACCAGAAGGCUGCCGUAGCAAAGUAUGACGCUGUCAUUGCUAUGCUAGAAUUCGCACGCGAUUUCUCCAAGCAAAUGUGGCAAUUUGUGAAAGAAGCUGAGAAGGAGCAAAGAAAACAAGCACGAAAGGAUCUUAUUACACGUGCUCUAGCUGAGACUGCCAAAAUUCGUGAAGCUUUAGUCAUUCAAAAUAUUAUCAAUUGCUUUGAAGACGAGACCAUUCGUGCCGAUUUUGUAAAUGGAGCGAAUGGCGCUUUGAAAUUGGAAACUGCCGACGUCAAUGUUUUGGAUAAAUUUCGCUGCGAUGUACGUACGAACCGUCCCGAAUCCGCAGAAGAUGUACCGUUCUUGACUGCCGCCCAAAAAGCGGCCGAACUCUAUUCAAUGACCAUUGACGGACGCCCUAAGGUCUAUGCGGAAAACGUUACAUACGAUCAGACACGUUUAAUCUUCAAAAAAAUUCAAGAAUCUGGUUAUCUUGAUAAAAUCUAUAUGGCCGCACCAGACACAGAGGUUGAGGUCAAAGAAGAGGAGGAAGAAUUCAGCAAUGCUGCCGACGGCGAAGAUGUGGCUAAUGCAGAGGAGGUAUAUUUAGAGGAAGGUAUGGAGAAAUUAAAUAUAUCAGCUGGUGAAGCAGAAGAAGGAUUGGAUGAACAGAAUGGUAAUGCUGGUUUAGCUGAGGAUACCGGUUUGCCAGCAGCAAACGCUGUUCAUGCUAACGACUUACCACAGCAGCAGCAGCAGCAACAACAACAACAACAACCCAUACCGCAGCAAUUGGUGUCACAGCAAACAGCUAAGGAGCAACUUGAUGUACAACAACAGCAAGCUCAGGCCGGUGUUCAGCCACCACAAACUCAACAACAACAACAGCUGAGCGCAGUGGUCAUUCAACCAGGUAAUGCUGUUGCUGGAGGUGUACCCAAUUUUCCAGCACCACUACAAGGUGCCGGCGCCGCACCGGUACAUGUAGCCAUGUUUGCAGCACAGCAAAUGCAAGGAGCACCACGACAUGUGCAGGCGGUGCCAGCAGGCAGUAUUAUUGGUGUGCCACAGGUGCCACCACAAAUGGUACCAAUUGCACAGGCGCCACCACAACAACAGCGCCAAUUGAUGACUACUCCAGCUACACCGGCAGGCGCUGCACAGCUGCCCCAAGGUGCUAUACCCAUACAUGGCGCAGCACAACCACCCCCAGGACAUUUUACUCCCACAACGGUACGUGCUGUAGAACAGGGUUUGUUCCCACAUAAUCGACAACAAUUUAUACAACAACAGAUGCGUCCGGUAGCGGAGAUAAUAGGUAACGGCAGCUUUUACUUUUUGCAAGAGAGCGAACUGGACUCACCCGAACUUGGAGGCCAAGCACCCAUUGGCAGUGUUGUGUUCGAGCAGCAGCAACAACAGCAACAGGUUCCACAACAAACACAGCAGCAGCAGCAGCCCAUUGCACAGGAUAAUCUCACGCAAGCGCAACAACAACAACUCCAACAACAAAAUAUAUUAGUUCAUGGUGGUGACUUGCAAGCAGCCGAGUUGCACAAAAGCCAACAGCAACUCCAUUUGCAGCAACAACAGCAAAUCUUACAGCAGCAACAACAACAACAACAGCAGGCUCAACAAUCGCAACCACAACAAACAAUUCCAACGCAAACAUUUACCAAUCAAUCAUUCCCACCAAUGCAAGCGACCGCCAGUGUUACAGCACCAAGUAGCGGCAACAACAGCAACACACCAACACUUGCGAGCAACAACCCGAGCCCCAUGUUCGCACAACAACAACAACAGCAGCAGCAAAAGCACCCACAAUUGUUCUCGCCAGUCGGUGGUCCCGGCAUGCAAGCCGCAGAUGCGGUCGCAGCCCACAAGCAACAAUUGCUGCUCAACGAACAACAACAGCAGCAACAACAACCCAUUAUGAUAAUGGCACGUAUGGCUGCACCGCAAGCACGUCUGGCGCAACAAAAUGCACAACAACAAUUGCAACAACCGCAAGUACAACAGCAGCCGCAACAGCCACAAGCUACAUUGGGUAUGCAACCUGGGGAUGUACGCGUUUCGGAUGUAACCGCCGCCGGUUAUUUGGGCUUCGAUAAUGGCGUUGUCGGCCUAGCUUACGAGCAACAAAUGCAACAACAAUUAGCCGUGGUGGCCAAAGCGAAUGCAGCUGCCGCGGCCGCCGCUGCAGCAGCCGCAGCUGCGGAGGAGCUGAAAGUGAAUGAUGACAUCGGCGCACAUAACAAGUUCAAUGCCAGCGAGUCGGUGAUAGCCAACGAAUGGGAUGCCAUGUCAAAAGCCAAUGUGCGUGUAGCUGCCAACAUCAACAACAGUGCCGUCACCAAUGCCACAGCCACAGUAGCGCUUGCCAAUGCGUUGAAGUCAACCAGUGGUGUGAUCAGUAACAGCAGCGCUGCUGGUGCCGGCAACGUUUUGGAACCGCCCACUAAAUGGAGCGCCGAAAUGAAUGCGCUGUCCAACCCAUCGACACCGAGUGGCAACAGCGACAACACGCCGGCCAUUGUACGCAAAAUCGAAUGGACGUCCAGCAACAGUAGCGGCGGUGGUGCAGGUAGUGGUGGCGGCAAUGGCGCUAACGUCGGUGGCGGUAGUGGUGGCUAUGGCGAUGGCAAUCAGUCAUCGGGUAGCGCACAUGAAUCCAACCAUUGGAACUCCAAUCAACAACAGGAUGGUGGUCACUACAACAACGGACGACAGUUCCAAAGACGUCGCGGUCGCGGUAGUUACGGCAACUCGCAACAGAACGGCAGUGGGCGUGGCGGUAGUGGCAUCUACUUCCGCAACAAUGAAAACUCGUCGAGUGGCUCGUACUAUCAGAACGGUGGCGGUAAUGUGUACUCAAACAAGGAUUCCGGUUCGCGUUAUGAUUCGGGCAACUAUCGUGGUCCGCGCAGUGGCGGCGGUAAUGGCGGUGGUGGUGGUGGCGGUGCCGGUAACGGACGUGGCAAUGCACCACCAUCACGUACGCUUGGUGGCGGGCGCAAUAGUAGUGGCGGUCAGUCCAAUCCAACGUCCAACUCAUAUAUGAAUCGCUCGUCGCAGCGCAUACCAAUGGGUUUGGAUAAUAAGAAUUGAAGUUGAAGAUGCCAAGAAAGUAGUGAAGUGUGUGUGUGUGUGAUGAAAACGAAACGAAGCAGCAUUGAAGCAGAAGGCAGAAGUAUGAUGAGAACCACUUAAGAAUCGUAAAUAAAUACAUAUAUAUGAGGGAAACAAAAACAAAAAAACUAAAAACAAAAAAAAAGAAAUUCAUAAACACACGAACAUACAUAUACACAUACAUUUACAUAUAUACACUGAAACAAAAACAAAAAAAACAACAAAAAAUAUAUUUAACCUUUAAUUAGUAGUGUGACGAAAGUCACUGCAAAGCUGCAGUUCAUAGUGGCAACAACGUGGCCCAACAACAAAGCAACCGAAACUGCAACAAUUGAACGUAAAAACAAAAAUGCGCGCGUGUUAAACAAUUUAAUUUCGUAAACAAAACAACAACUACACAGCAAGCAAAGCAAAAAGAAAAGAGAAAAAACACAAAAAAAUGGGAGUAACAAGUGAAAGCAAAAACAAAACAAAAAAACACGGAGAAGUACAGAAAACGAGAAAAAGAAAAAAGAA